AUGUCUGAUUCCGAGUUUUCUUUGAAUCCACGGGAAUUAGUAGAAGUAGCCAAAGUAGCGUCACAAAAAUUAUUGUCAGCUAAAUAUGUGUUUUUAUACAAUAUCCGGGAAAAAAGUAAUUUUAUAAAAAAUUACAUUUUGUUACCUGUCAACAGAGAUAAAUGUCAAAAUUUGUUCCUGUCACAGAAAAGAUAUUAUUAUUAUUAAAUCGCGGCCUCAAGAAUGUAAAAUUUAUAGUGAUUUUCUAAAAGAGUGUUACUGAAUCUUUUGAGUCGUUUCCUAGUUGUGGAGCCCAUUUCAUUUUGUUUACCGUCUGUGUUUAUAGAAAUGUCUACACUCAUAUGA